AGAUUCUAAAUUGGCGGCGCGUUUCAAAACCAUCUCAAAACUAUUUUUGCGCAUCAGCCACACUUGGCUCACUUAAGCUCACCUCGGAGGAGUUGCCAGCACCAGUAGAACGUCUGCCACUUCGCAAUCGCCAGGCUCAGCUCCAGUCCGACAAUUCGCAGCCAACUGCCGCAAUGGCUCAGGAGACGGAGCCCGUGGCUGCCUCUACAGUCGAGAAAUCGACACUCGAGUCGCCGAGCCCCAAGCGCCGUAACCGGAAGAAAGGCCGGCGAACAGCCACUGGAGACGACGACGGUGACGAGCACGAGACGGCAGCUGCAGUGUCUCCCAUGGGCGACGUGGCCACCGGCGACCUCAUCUCGUUGCCGUCACCUGUAGCAACAGUGACAACCAGCACCGACGUGUUCGCGGCGUUCGAUGUGGAACAAGCGAUGGACGAGUUGACACUAAGUCAACCGGCGCCGGUGGCCACAGAAACGAAGAAGGAGGACGGAUUGCUUAAGUUGCCGGCGUUCCCGUCCAGUGGACGCAUACCACGGACGCCGCCGUCGUCGCCUGAGCAUUUCCUGGUGCAUUCUCCUGAGAAGGAGCAGCCAAGAGUGGCGCCCAUGGCCACAGACGUCCACCACCAGCCGACAGUUGUCAAGACCCCAGCGAGCGUUGAAGUGCCGAGUGCUUCACCCACAGAGCAGCUACUUGAAGUGGAACAGGCUGUCAGUGCAGAGCAGGAGAAAGAAGCAACGCGAGUCGAUGAGCCAACACCUUGGGAUGCAGAUGAAGAUGCUGCUACGAUCGAGAUGACGGAGGAGGAUGAACAGAUUCUGGACGGUGCUGUCGAGGAGGCAUGGAUGCUGACCAGCACUCUAGCUGAGAUGAGUCUCACCAACGGAAGUGUGCCAGACAGCGAGUUGACGGAGCCUGAAAUGCCAGUCGAGAAGGCAGCCAACGUAACAGUAGCAGAGGUGGCUGGCGAGCAACAACAAUUACCCGUCGCAGAUGAUAACGUGGAGGUUGCAGCGGCUGACGAUCACACCGUUUCAAUUACAAAUGCGUCAACUAAGAAGACCUCUGUUGACGCACUGGUCCAUGAAACGAUCGAGCAAACGGAGACUCCCAUGGAGACUAAACCAAUUCCUAUCAAGACUCAGGCUGCAACUGAACCUGCUCCAACGGUGAUAUCGCAGCCUACUGAUCCAGCCCCUGUGAAGGCUCCAAAUGCAUUCCAGCCGAUUCAACCAGUGACCACAAAAGCCAAAGAGACGAAGACGCAAGAAUCGUCUUCCCGCCGCAACAAAAGAAAGGGGGAUUCUUCAGAGCCAAAUCUCGACAACACUCCAUCUACAACGUCGAGGAUCUUUACCAAUGGCCACCCGGACAAACCUGCUCAUUCUUCAACACCAAAUAUUGGCAACUCGAAGCAAAUGACAGCGAAGACCUCAAUAGUGCAACCACAGCCGCGCCCAGCCAAGCGAAAGGGUGAAUCGUCCGACGUCAAGCCUCCGUCUGCACCUUCCACAGCAAUCGCGAGUGAAAUUCGUCCCAAACGCAUGAUAACUCGACCAAACUCGGUAUCCACAGUAAACAAAGCGAAAACCGGCCCCGAUGCAAAAUCGCAGCCUGCAGUGACAGCGCGUUCUGCGCAGGAUUCUAAAAAGGAUUCCAUGAUGCAUCCUACAGCGAGCAGCAUGGCGCGAGCAACCGCAGCUGAGGCCCGCAAGACCCUGUUGAGGAAUGCUGCAGCUAGAAAGACCCCAACACGCAAGCCGAUGAGGACCAAGGUUGGAGCAAAGUCAGCGGCCCAUGCGCCUAGUGUCCCAACAGCUCAAGACAAAGCUGUCCUUGCUCCUCCAGCUCCAGUUAUGGUUGAUGACACCGAUGACAGCGUGCGCAACGUAAAGCGGCGACUCAACGCUAGUGAAGCUGAAGCUGCGGCCAAUCGCUUGUAUGAGAACGCUAAGGAGGCCAAGGCUCGAAAGGAAGCUCGGCGUGUAGAGUUGCAGGAGAACUACUCGUUUGCUCCUCAAGUCAACAAUUCCAAGCGACGUAUAAAUUCUGGGGAAGCGGACGAGCCAAAUCAAGAUCGAUUCAGUCGUUUGCAUGCUCAAGCCAAGGAGCUGCUAGAGAGGAAGCGUGAGCUCCAGCAACAACAUGAACGGGAAGGAUGCACCUUUGCUCCUUCCAUUUCUGCUCGAGCCAAACGUUUGGCUCAACCAAGCUCGGGACCGCGGUACGAAAACCUCUACAAGCACGCCCAAGAAAUGAAGCAGAAACGCGAGGAAAAGCUCUUGGAGCAGGCCAAAACCACGGAGGAACAAUGUCCUUUCAAGCCGAAGAUCAUAGCUGCCAGGUCGCAGAAGGCGCCAGGGAAGCCCAAGCCUCUCUACGACUCUGAGCGUGAAAAGCAAAAGCGGCUAGCACUAGAGCAAAAGAAGAUUGAAGCUGAAAUGAGCCAAUGCACUUUCAAGCCAAAAGUGUCAGCAAAGCGUCUCAAGUCCAAGGCAGAGGGCUCAGCGGAUAGCACGACCGAGGCAGCCACGAAUGCUAACCCUUACAAUCGCCUCUAUCAAGGAAGUAUUAAUCGGACAGAGCGACUACAAAAGCUUCGCCAAGAGCGAGAUGAAGAAGAGAAGGCCCAGGCACCAUUCCAACCCAAGAUCACUGCGAGAUCUCGAAUGCUCAAGGAUAAAGCAAAGACAAAAGAGCCUUUUCACAAGAGGCUUUACAACAAGGACUACCUGAAGAAACUGGACGCCGAGCGGGAGCAACGUCGUCUCGAAGAGGAACAGCAGUUCACGUUCAAGCCAGAGCUGAAUGAGCCGCCAGAAGAGAUCAAGGCCAAAGUUAAUGAGCGAGCUAGUCCUCAGAAGAACAUUUUCGAGCGCUUGUACGACGAGAAAGAUAGGGUGAAGGAGAAGAUUGAAAUGGGCGAGGAGCUGAGGCUUCAAAAGGAGAUGGCUGAGUGCACUUUCCGACCUCAGAUCGAAGUCGAUUCCCUGCCUUCUACUGGUGAGCCAACCCCUCCCGUCUGGGAGAGACUGCUGAGCUACGACAAGGCUCAAGUGAUUGAGGAACGCGAAAAGCUGAAGGAGCAGCUGGAGAUGCAGGAGUGCACCUUCAAGCCUGAGGUCAAGUCGAAUGAUGCGAUCACGAUGAAGACGAGUCCAUCGCACAAUGUCUUUGACCGACUCACUGGUAGCGGCAGCUCGCCGUUGGACCCAACACGAGCAGCUUUUAUCACGAGACGCCCAAGCAACUCUCCUGGACGUCAGAGCCCCGACGUAAGUUUUCAAACCGAGGAUUCAACGUAAUGCACUCGAGGAAUUCUGACAUCGUGGCGCAUUAACCACAGAUCAAAGGUGUUUCAAUUGGACGAAUCAUUAAGUUAACGAAGUUCUCUUUACCUACCGAGAGAAAGAAGCUGAACAGAACACACUCGAUCAGCCAACCUUCCAGUGUGAACAAGCCAUCGAUGAAGAGAUCCACGUCAUUUUCCGGUCCCAAGUCUGCAGCUUCGUCGCCAACAGCGGAUAGUGAACCUGUCAUUGCUGGAAGAGAUGCCCAGACCGAAAACUACCAGUCGUGGUCGGCGGAGUUGGAUGCGAAGCUGCGUCAUCUAUAAGCAGGGACUCCUUUGCUUUGAAGUAUUUUAUUUUAUCGCUGACAGAAGUAUAAAAGUUAACCAAGUGAGAUGCACAGCAAGAAGUAUCAGCAUAGUCGUUUUUUUCUUUAAAUGUAACGUCCGUGAAUUCGUAGC